AGGACGACCCUCCACAUAUUCCAUACGUUAUAGUGAUACUUCGCAAUUUUCAGUUAAUGCAACAUCUCAAAAAUGUUGCCUCUUCAAACCUUAUCAAUACAGCAGCGUAUGUACAGCUUAGAGCAUGAUAAACACAGACAAAGCAAAUCAUAUAGACAACAAGCUUAAACAUACAAAUAAAGUAUCAUUGUGCAGCAACGCCUACAAAUCAACGUUGGUGUGUUUACACCAGUGUAUUCGGCAAAAUAUUUGAACUAUAUAUCCCUUACAUGUUCCAAAGUUAUAGAAAGUAUUCAUAAAUGUUACCCUCGAGAGCUGAUGACAAACGUAAAACUGUUUGUGUAAAUACUUCUGGUCCUUUAGGAUUAUGGAAUCCAUUUAAUAUUAUCAUUAAAAAAUUCCGCUUAAGCUUGUGCUAGGGGGUGUGAAGGCUGUUUCACAUGUCUUUACGUCUCAUGAACAAACGCACUCUGUCCUAGUCCUAUUAUUUUGCUUAGUUACGUUCUUUGCAUUCACAGAAUCUUCUUAGGGCCUUUAUUAACGGAUCAUUUACGCAUGUACUCCAUGUCGAUGCAGAAAGCAGAACAACAGUAGAACAUGAUUAAGGAAGCGACGAAUCAAACAAAUGUCAGACCAGCUCAGUUCCAAUGGACUACAUAUCAUUACAUCUUCUGUCUCUUUCGUUAGACCGAUCAAAAAGUAAAGUGUAGCCAGUUAUAAGACUGGACACCUUGCAUGAACCAUGAACAAUAUCCCCAAAUGCCAUAUCCUCUUGCAAUAAAACAUUUUAUUAUUAUACCAAACACAUCAACAGGCAUUAUCGCAAUAAAAUUUACGUUUCAAAGCUGUUUAUGCAUCAGAAACAGCAUUAUAUCGACUACAACAUUUAGGUGUUGUUUUUCUUUCUUUUAUUUACAUGGAUAUAAAUACAUUGUGUUAAUUGAGGUUUAUGUGGCUACGCUGUGGUCAGUAUGUGAAAUCAAUCAAUAAAAAAAAACACACAAAAAUACAACAAAAAAAAGAACAAACACUUCAACAUUAUAUAUGCUAUAAGUCUCUAUAUUUCUCAAUGUUUAUUCACGGCGGCCAUUUCAAGUACAAAUGGUCGAUAUUUUAGCCCAACGCCAUCGUCUUUUGUUAUAUGAUACGACCGUUACUUCUCAAAGAAUCUAUACACUCUGGUGCGUGUUACAAUUUUACAAAUAUCUUAUAAUCACAAUACACAUUGACCUAUUUACGUUACUGGGCGUUUGAUCUGUCUUUACAAAAGAAUCACCAUGAUUUCAGAAAAGAGUUUAAUAUUAAUUUCUCGCAAGAUGGGAGUUAAAAAAGAACUGUUGUGGUUUUUAAUAAUCUUAGUGGUGGCAGUCUUGGCAGUUAGGAUAUCAAGACGGACUCAUCUUCCAAAGGAAACAUCGCAGUUGGAAAAUAUAUAUCAUAAAGACAGGAAGGAGUCAGUACAAUUGGAAAAUAUAAAUUAUAUAGACAUAAUGUCAAAACUGAAUAGAGAUAAGAUUGCCUUUAACGAUAGAACAUUGAUAUCUACCGUGAAGAAGUAUUAUGUACAACCUCCGUCUAUGCUGCCAUACAACCUUUCUGAUCCUGAAAUACAGAAUCCGUCACCUGGGCAAACACAGUUCAUAGACGAGUAUUUGAAUCAAAAGCGAAAUGGAUUUUAUGUCGACUGUGGAGCUUUCGAUGGUGAGCAUUUAUCAAACAGUUUGUUUCUUGAACGGUAUCGCAACUGGACUGGGAUUCUUAUUGAACCUAACCCUACAACGUACGGUUUGCUGCGACAGAAACACAGAAAAGCUUAUUCUCUAAAUGCUUGUCUUUCAACAAACAAAUAUCCGUCACUUGAAACAUUUUCCACCGGAAAGAUACAUGUUCUAGGAAAAGUUCUAGACGAUCGAUAUAAAAUGAAAAAAAGAGCAAAAAAUCUGAUCCAGGUGCAGUGUUUCCCACUUUAUACAAUAUUGCUAGCAAUUGGCAAGAUGGAUAUCGAUUAUUUCAGCCUGGAUGUUGAAGGAGCAGAGAGUGGUGUACUUCAUACAAUACCAUGGGACAAACUUAAUAUUAAAAUGUUCUCAAUAGAGCACAACAAAUGGGUUGGAGGGAAACAGCAUUUGAAACGUUAUAUGGACACAAAAGGAUAUGAUUUUGUGAAAGAAAUUCGAGUUAAUGUUGCUCCAGAUUUCAUAUUUGUGAGAAGGAAACUCUAGUGUUGAGCAUAAAAACCUACAACUGACUGGUAAUUGAUGAUUUAAUUUUGCUGAAUUAUAGAUUCACGCUUUCGUAACAGUGGCUGUCAGUUUCCUGGAAGUAACUUAGAGCUCUCAAAAUGUUGUGGGAAAACAAGCAUGGCAAUUGUUUCAAUAUUAUUGUAAUUUUGAUGAACAUAUUUCAAGGCCGUAUUCUACUUUAAACAAGUUUUUGUCAGAACAUUUUGACAGAAACAAUUAAUUUUAUGUAUAUACAUGUAUAAUGGUGUUGGUAUGUAUUAUUUAUGUACUGGUAAUUUCAUCAAACAUCAAACCAAGUGUUUCGUUAUAUGUCGGCUAUAAACAAUUCAGUAAAAUUAGAACAGAACAGAACAGAACAAACACUUUAUUUAUAAAUAUAAAUUGAACAUUUACAGUUCGUCGUUACAUGCGAACAAUAUUACAUGUAACAGGGUAUUAUUUAAUUCUAGACUUAUUAUUAAAUAUAGACUUCAGAUGUUUGACUUUUUCAACAGACUAUAACUGGUAUUUCUUAUAUAAUUAUAGUGGUAAUUGUGAAAGAGGAGUCCCUCUAUUAAUACUUACUAGCUGACAAUAAUGCUGGAAUUUAUAUGUUUUCCUAUAGUCUAUAGCGUGAAGAUUAGUCGAAAACACAAAGCAACUGCUUAUUGUCCGCCGUUCUUUCCCGUUCAUACGCAUUGUUAUAAGGACAUCGAGUCGUCAUUUACCCAGCUUUCCCGAGCUCUCUUAUACGGUAGAUAACUCCUUUAGUCUUGAUCUCCAAAGAGUGUAUAAGUAAUGGGACAUCCUCCAUUGCAUGUUGUUAGACGUACUGGAACGGCUACGUUUGAUAUUCCUAGAACACUUACCUGUAUUUAGGAGUAAGGCUAACUUAGACCUUCCGGCAGUAAUUGGCCUGCAUUGGUCAGUCAUAACUUAGCAAAUAUAAUAGACGUUCCUGAACGUCUUACCCGCUCAUACGAGUUAUACAUUCUGGAAGGACUAAUGUACA